AUUUCGGUUCAAUUAUGAAAAUUUUCUCAAAAUGAAUUGAAUGUGUGGGAUAUUCCAAGGUUAGGUUUAAGAAUUGUGACUAAAGAAUUAAAAUAAAAGAGAUUAUAAUACAAUUAAGGCCAUUCCUCCACUCUAUAGCCACUAACUAGGUGGUCUAGGUCACACUAUUUGUUUCUUACUUUCCCCAAAAAAUAAAGCCGGAAACCAGCAAAACAAUCUUCCCGCCAAACUACAUUCUCUGUCUUCUGUCAAAUUCCCGCCAUUUCCCACCAUUUUUACGCAAUUUUCCUCACUAUUUCUUCUUCCUUACCUCCAUUCUCUCUCUCUCUCUCUCUCUCUCUCUCUCUCUCUUUAUCUUCUUCCCUCUCUCUCUCUAACAUUUACAGCGAAACUUUCAUCAAUGGCGCCUUCACGCAAGGUCACCAAUGGCAGAUCACCAUUGGUAAACAAACAAUACCAAAUCACCUCUUUUUUCACCAAAGCUGAUUCUUCUUUACCCAAAUCAAAACCCCAAUUAUCCCCUCCUAAAUCUAAUCAAACCCCAUUUCCCAAAUCACAAAACCCUAACCCUAAUCCUAAUAUUAGUCCGGGGUCAUCUCCCCCAACUACCCCUUCUCCUAUUAAUGCAAAAUCGAAGUCAAAAUCGACACCUAAGCCUUUGUUGGUAAUUGGGUCGCAAAAAUCGACUCCAACGGGAGUGAAUUUGAAGGGGAAUUUGUUUGGUGAAGAGGUGGUGAAUCGGAGAAUUAGGGUUUAUUGGCCGAUAGACGAGGCGUGGUACGAGGGGUGUGUGAAGUCGUUUGAUAAGGUUUCUGGGAAGCAUUUGGUGGAGUAUGAUGAUAAUGAGGAGGAAAUGAUUGAUCUUUCUAAGGAGGAGGUUGAGUGGAUUGAAGUUGAAGGAGGGUCUUCUGUUAAGAAGUCUAGGAAGAGGAGGUUGAGGAAGGUGUCUAUUGUGGUUGAUGAUGAGGAAGAGGAGGAGGGAGAGGGGAAUGUGGGUUUGGUGGAGGACGAUUCGAGCGACGAGGAUUGGGGGAAGAAUGUGGUUGUUGAGGAGGAAGAUUGUUUGGAGGAGAUGGACUUGGUGGAUGAAGAAGAGGAAAAGGAGGUUGGGAGUUUGAAGAGGAAGAAGAGAGAGGUUGGAGGGAGCGGGGCGAAGAAGGGUAAGGAAGGCAGUGGAGAGGCGGCGAAAUCAAUUAAGAAGAAGAAAGUUGAGGUUUGUGUUUUUGGUAGCAAGCCGGCGAAACCUGUUGCCAAUGUUCAAGAGGCAAAAUCACAUAAUGUUGUUGACAGCACCACUACUGAUGCAUUGGAGAGGUUUGGUAUUCGUGAAGAACAGAAGUUUCCAUUCCUUGGAAAGGAUCGACAAGAUGCCAAAAGGAGACGUCCUGGUGAUACAGAUUAUGAUCCCAGAACUCUUUAUUUGCCCCCUCAGUUUCUUAAAAAUCUGACGGGUGGCCAGAGACAAUGGUGGGAGUUUAAAUCGAAGCAUAUGGAUAAGGUCCUUUUCUUUAAGCAGAUGGGAAAAUUCUACGAGAUUUUUGAAAUGGAUGCACAUAUUGGCGUAAAAGAACUUGAUUUACAGUACAUGAGGGGAGAACAGCCACAUUGUGGAUUUCCUGAAAAGAAUUUCUCAAUCAACGUAGAGAAAUUAGCAAGAAAGGGUUAUCGAGUCCUUGUAGUGGAGCAGACUGAAACUCCAGACCAGCUUGAUAUGCGCCGCAAAGAAGAGGGUUCGAAAGACAAGGUAGUCAAACGAGAAAUAUGUGCUGUAGUAACAAAAGGAACAUUGACGGAGGGAGAGAUGUUGUCUGCAAAUCCAGAAGCUUCUUACAUUAUGUCAGUGAAUGAAAGUUGUUCACUUUCUUCAAAUAAGGAAGAACGCCUGUAUGGUGUGUGCGUUGUUGAUGUCACUACAAGCCAAGUAAUUAUUGGCCAGAUAAAGGAUGAUUUGGAGUGCAGUACUUUAUGCAGUCUUCUAUCCGAAUUAAGGCCAGUUGAGAUUAUUAAACCUGCUAAAAUGCUUAGUCCUGAGACUGAAAGGGCUCUUACCAGGUAUACUAGGAAUCCCCUCAUCAAUGAGCUGCUUCCGAAUGAGGAAUUUUGGGAUGCUGAUAGGACUGUUCGUGAAGUCAAGAGAUUCUACAGUUGCAUCAAUAUUUCGCCGGUUCCUUCACAACAAAAGGAAGUAGCUGAUGUCAUCAGCUCCAGUAUAAAUGAUGAGUCAUGUUGGCUGCCAAAGCUCAUAAGUGAGCUGUUGAGUGCUGAAAGUGAUGGCAGUCUUGCAUUAUCAGCCCUUGGAGGGACCCUUUACUACCUGAAACAGGCUUUCUUGGAUGAAAAUUUGCUUAGAUAUGCAAAAUUUGAAUCACUCCCAUGCUCCGAUUACUGUAAUGUCUUUAAGAAACCUUACAUGGUGUUAGAUGCUGCUGCAUUGGAGAAUUUGGAAAUAUUUGAGAACAGUAAGAACGGGGGCUCCUCCGGGACAUUGUACUCCCAGCUUAAUUAUUGUGUGACCGGUUUUGGGAAGAGGUUGCUUAAAACAUGGCUAGCAAGGCCUCUUUAUCAUGCUGAGUCAAUUAGGGAACGACAAGAUGCUAUUGCAGGCCUUAGGGGAAAUAUAUCAUUGGCGCUUGAAUUUCGAAAAGAGCUAUCCAAGUUGCCAGACAUGGAGAGGUUGCUCAUGCGCCUCUUUGCUAGCAGUGAAGCUAAUGGGAGGAAUGCAAGUAAGAUUGUUCUUUAUGAAGAUGCUGCAAAAAAACAGCUUCAAGAAUUCAUAUCAGCAUUACGUGCUUGUGAAGUUAUGAUUGUGGCAUGCUCUUCUCUAGGUUCCAUCCUGGAUAAAACUGACUCUAAAUUGUUACAUCAUCUGUUAGUUCCUGGCAAAGGUCUCCCCAAUAUGAGUUCCAUAAUAAAGGAAUUUAGGGAUGCAUUUGAUUGGGUGGAUGCUAAUAGUACAGGUCGUAUAAUUCCUCUUGAAGGAGCUGAUGCAGAAUUUGAUUCUGCCAGUAAAAAGAUUGAGGAGAUUGAAUCUGAUUUGAAGAGACAUAUCGUGGAACAGAAAAAAUUACUUGGCAUCACAUCGAUUACAUAUGUUACCAUUGGAAAGGACAUAUACCUGUUAGAAGUACCUGAAAGAUUGAGUGGAAGUGUUCCCAGAGACUAUGAGUUACGGUCAUCCAAGAAGGGUUUCUCCAGAUACUGGACACCAUUUAUCAAGAAGAUGGUAGGAGAGCUGACACAGCUUCAAGCUGUGAAGGAAUCCAAAUUAAAAUGCAUGUUGCAAGAUUUGGUAGGACGUUUUUGUGAGCAUCACACAAUGUGGAGAAGCUUGGUUUCUGCUGUUGCAGAACUAGAUGUCUUGAUCACCUUGGUAAUUGCAAGUGAUUACUAUGAAGGACCAACAUGCCGUCCAAGUAUUUCAUCUGGGAUCAAUAUUAAUGAAGUACCUCAAUUAGCAGCUAAAAGUCUGGGGCAUCCUAUAAUCAAAAGCGAUUCUUUGGGCAGGGGUACGUUUGUACCCAAUGACAUUAAUAUUGGUGGCUCAGAUCAUGCUACCUUCAUCUUGCUUACUGGUCCUAAUAUGGGUGGAAAAUCAACUCUUCUUCGCCAAAUUUGCUUGGCUGUUAUCUUGGCUCAAGUUGGAGCAAAUGUCCCUGCAGAACACUUUGAGCUAUCACUUGUUGACCGGAUAUUUGUUCGUAUGGGGGCGAAAGAUCACAUUAUGGCAGGACAGAGCACAUUUUUAACAGAGCUUUCAGAAACUGCAUCUAUGUUGACAUCUGCUACCCGUGAUUCACUUGUGGCAUUGGAUGAACUUGGACGUGGCACUUCAACUUCAGAUGGACAAGCAAUUGCGGAAUCUGUCCUUGAACAUUUUGUCCGCAAAGUGCAGUGUCGUGGAAUGUUUUCUACUCAUUACCACCGAUUAGCUAUUGACUAUAAAAGAGAUCCCAAGGUCUCUCUAUGUCAUAUGGCAUGUCAAGUAGGAAAAGGUGAUAGAGGUUUGGAAGAAGUCACAUUUCUUUACAGGCUGACUCCAGGUGCUUGUCCCAAAAGUUAUGGUGUUAAUGUUGCACGGCUGGCUGGAAUUCCUGUUGGUGUACUGUUUAAAGCUGCUGCCAAGUCGAAAGACUUUGAGGCUGUUUAUGGUAGGCACCAAGAAAGAUCCAACAACAAUGUCCCGGAUUGGAAUGAAAAGACCAUUAUAUUCUUCCAAAAUCUGAUCGGUAUUAGUUCUUCAGAUGAUUCCGCAAAUUCAAGAAUUGCCACACUCAGCCAGCUUCAGCACCAAGCUAGGAUUCUUUUGGAACAAAAUUGAUUUGCUUGCAUAUGUUCACUCUUAUCUCCAAUUGGUACACGUCUCUCUAACAUUAAUAUUAUGUGUAAUCUAGAUAGCCACUCGUUAUUAAUUCGAGCACUUGCACAUAAGCCUUUUAAUAUCCAGGAUUAGGUUUUUGUUAGUUAUUCUGAUCCUGUGCAUCCCCUAACCUUGUAGAAAUAGGGUGUUCGCGUUGUAUAUCAGGUAAUCCUUCUAAUCUUGUACAUGACUAUUGUAUCUAUGUCAAUGUCAAAUAUAUUCUGAACUAUCAUUAGUCUAUUUUUUUCCUUUUGAAGUGGCUAGUUUAAUUAUUGCGCUUGACAAAACCCAUAAAACUAUGAUGAAAUUGCAUA